UUUUAGAAGGAAAAAAAAGAAAUAUUACGCGCGCAUGUGACAUAUGGCGGUGUGUUUUAACCUCUGUUUCGUUUUAUUAUUUUCCUCUUUCGAUAAAAUUGUUUUACUUUUGGAAUAAUGACAAAAAUUAUUGAACUUCGUCCAAAUAAAAGUCUACUUAAUACUAAUUUUGAGAAAUAUCAAUUUUGUACUGAAAAUAUUCCUAUAGAAAUUGAAAAGAAACUCGUUAACGAGGUAUUUCAUUUAGAAGCAAACACAACACGAGAAUCAUGGCUUGAAGCAAGAUUAUUUGCCCUUCAUAAUCAUCUUUUUGUAAAUCCAUUUGAUUCGUCUUGUUGGUUUGUCGACAAUACGGGAAUUGUUUGGCAAUUUAUUAAUGGAAAUUUAAAAAAAAUUCAUACAUUAAAAACAGUUGAUAAAUCACAUAUUUGUACCAAAUAUAAUCCUUCAAUUGGUUUUACAAAUAAAAAUAUCACUGUCAUUUCAAAUGGAAGUAAAAAUUUAGAAAUUUUAAUAAAUAAUGAAAAUGAAGAGAAAGAAUUUUUUCACUUUGAAGAUAUUGAAUCGGGAAUUAUUCUCGAUUGUCAACAAAUGAAUGAUAGUAAUUUAAUGAUUAUCAGUAUUUACAGUGUUGUUGAAAUAGAAGGAAAAGUACAUUCACGUUUAACAUUAUUGACAUAUUCCUAUGAAAAAAAUGAAUCAUCAUCGUCAUCAUUGACACUCUAUCGAACACAAAUUUUAAAAGUCAAAGGCACAGUUGAUUAUUUAUAUAUUGAAGAUAAUGGUAAUUAUUUUCAUACAGCAAGUCAAGAUCCAAUUGUAUUUGAAUAUGAUUCAUUGAAUCCAAUAAAAAUUGUUGAAAAAAAUUCCAAUGACACCAGUAUUAUGGGUAUUAAAAUUCCAAAAUAUUGUUGGUCACAAAAUGAUGAUUCGGUGACAGUUUGGUUGAAAAUAGUAGAGAAAUGUAAAAAUAUUUCACCUCAAAUUGAUGUUAAACCAACACAAAUAUCUGUUUCAAUGAAAGAUGUUGUCUUGAUACAAGGAGAAACACAACAUAAAUUGGAAUCUGAUUUGACAACGUGGAAAAUUAAAGAUGACACUUUAGAAAUUGAAUUUAUAAAAUCUGAGAGUGGAUUAAUGUGGAGUGAAUUGUUAAAAGGUGAUACGGGUGGUGAAUUUUUGCCUAAUGAAAGUUUAGCAGCGGAAAUUCAUUCCAGAUUGGCUCAUUUAUGUUCCGAUCAACCAGAAAGAGUGGAACAGCCCGCAUUGGGUUUUAAUUCAGAACAAUUGGAAGAAUGCGAUUUAGAAGGACGUGAAAAUGUUCUUCAACGAGUAAAUAUGAAUACACACAGUACAAGUAAUUUAUCAAUGCUUGGAAGCAGUAAUUGUAUUCUUUUUACACAAAAAAUAAAAUCCGGUCAGAUGCUUUGUUUCAGACAUGAUCAUGACGGUUGUAUAUGGACAACAAAACAAAGUGACAAUGAAAAUUGGGAAUUGGAACAUAUUUGGACAUUUCCUGCAUUUGGCUAUGUCGAGGCUAGUAAAACAAAUAAAAAAUUCUGUGUAUCACCAUCUGAAAUAUCAGAUGCCUCUUUUAUAGCAAUUGUUGAGCACACAAGGCAUGUUUUUAUUUAUAAAAAACCAGAAAACAAUGCUGUUGUUGGCAAACAAUAUAUCAUUGAUUUUGGAAAUAAAACUAUUCUUGGCGCUGCUUGGAUCAAUAAAUAUUUGAUAGUAUUGACAAAAGAUAUGUUGUACUGUCUUCGAAUUUAUUAAGAAUAAUUUUUAAGUACAUACAAAUAUAUCAUUCUAUGUACAGAGAAAAAAAAAUUAUUUCUAUGUAUAAUAUUUAAAUAUAUAUAUAUAUAUUUAUAUAUAUAUAAUUCUCUAAAUAUUACAAAUUAAAUAAA